CUCUCUGAACCCCAGCUGGAACCAGACCUUCACCUUUACUCUAAAGGAGGCAGAUAAAGACCGGCGUCUCUCUGUGGAGGUCUGGGACUGGGACCUGACGAGUAGGAAUGAUUUCAUGGGGUCGCUCUCUUUCGGGAUCUCGGAGCUGCUGAAGCAGGGCGUCGACGGAUGGUUUAAACUCUUAGGACAGGAGGAGGGAGAGUAUUUUAAUGUACCCGUACAUGAUGAAGAGGAUGGGGACGAGGAGCUACGGCAAAAGUUUGAGAGGGCCAUGAUUGGUGGAGGCACGCAGACGGACAGCUCCUCAGCCAAUGAGAUCUCCAAAUACGACGCCAACGGCAACCAGGACCGCAUGAAACUCUCUGACUUCAACUUUAUCAUGGUACUGGGGAAAGGCAGUUUUGGAAAGGUGAUGUUGGCUGAGAGGAAGGCCACUGACGAACUAUACGCGGUAAAGAUCCUGAAGAAGGAUGUUGUGAUCCAGGACGACGACGUUGAGUGCACGAUGGUGGAGAAGAGGGUCCUGGCUCUGUGGGAAACCUCCUUCCUCACCCAGCUUCACUCCUGCUUCCAGACAAUGGACCGGUUAUACUUUGUGAUGGAAUACAUUAAUGGUGGAGAUCUGAUGUACCAGAUUCAACAAGUGGGCAAAUUUAAAGAGCCACAUGCUGUCUUUUAUGCAGCAGAGAUUGCCAUUGGCCUCUUCUUCCUUCACUUAAAGGGAAUCAUUUAUCGGGACCUAAAGCUGGAUAAUGUUAUGCUGGACUCUGAAGGACACAUUAAGAUAACGGACUUUGGAAUGUGUAAAGAGAACAUGCUGGAUGGCAUCACAGCCAAGACCUUCUGUGGGACACCUGACUACAUCGCACCAGAGAUCAUCGCCUAUCAGCCGUAUGGGAAGUCGGUGGACUGGUGGGCGUUUGGAGUCCUGCUCUAUGAGAUGCUGGCUGGACAGCCUCCCUUUGAUGGAGAGGAUGAGGAUGAGCUGUUCCAGUCCAUCAUGGAGCAUCACGUGUCCUACCCCAAAUCCAUGUCUAAGGAAGCUGUGGCCAUAUGCAAAGGACUGAUGACGAAGCACCCAGCCAAGCGUCUGGGGUGUGGAGCGGAGGGGGAGAGGGACAUUAAGGAACACGCCUUCUUCCGAUACAUGGACUGGGACAAGGUCCGCAACAAGGAAGUGCAGCCGCCCUUCAAACCCAAAGCAAAGACCCGCAAGGAUGUGGGGAACUUUGAUAAGGAGUUCACGAAGAUGGUGGUUGAGUUGACCCCGACUGAUAAGCUCUUCAUCAUGAACCUCGACCAGACCGAGUUCCAGGGCUUCUCCUACACGAACCCCGAGUUUGUCAUCCAGGUCUGAGACUCCUUCCAGGACCUUCCAGAACAUUCCAGAACAUUCCAGAACAUUCCAGAACAUCCCCGAGCUGCCACACAGCAAACAUUUCUCACACAGCCUGGAGAUGCCGCAUCGGAUGUUCUGUUCCCCAACAGGGUUCCAUGUCUGAUGUUCUAUUCCAGCACAGAGUUCCAUGUCUGACGUUCUGUUUCAGCACAGGGUUCCAUGUCUGAUGUUCUAUUCCCCGACAGAGUUCCAUGUCUGACGUUCUAUUCCACCACAGAGUUCCAUGUCUGACGUUCUGUUCCACCACAGAGUUCUGUGCCUGAUAUUCGACUCCAGCAACACUUAACACAACGCCUGACCAGAGUCCUUCACUAACCCAACACACACACACACACACACACACACACACAGUCACACACACACACACUUGACCAGAGUCCCUCACUAACACAACACUCAACACCUGACCAGAGUCCUUCACUAACACAACACACACACAGACACAGACACACACACACCACACACACACACACACACACACAGUCACACUCAACACCUGACCAGAGUCCUUCACUUUCUCUCUCCAUGUGGGCCUAGCACAAACAAAGCCAUUGCCCCAACCCAACAACUAUUGCCCCAUCUUACCCCCCUACUUCCCCCAACCCAACACCCAUUGCCCUCAACCCAACACACACACACACACCCA